AUGCUGAGCUGGCUGCAGGAGCUCUGCAAGGAGGAGGAGACUCUGCUGCGAGUGAAGGCGGUGCUGCACGACCAGCUCAAUCGGCUCAAAGUUGAAGAGCUGGCCCUUCAAUCAAUUAUUAGCUCCAAAGAAGGGGAAGGGAUGACCCAUUCUUCACCUCUAACAGAGGAACCAGAAAAUAUCUUGGUGCAGGUAGAUAAUGAAACUUCCAUCAAUCAAACUGAAUUACAGCUAAGCACAAGAAACCAUGCUCAAGAAGAAGAGGAGGAGGAGUAGGAAGA